CUGCCAAGGGGCCCUGUCAUCUCUAGCAUCAGACGUCAGUCUGAAUCACCCGCAAGCGGUUGGGGUUUCUCUAGGUGAGUGAGCGGGUCAAUCGUUGCGGCAAGAAGUUGCUACGAUGCCUGAUACUGUCGCUUAGCCGAGUAUAUAGACGUGUGAUGUGCCCGCAAUACAUGUGCAUGUUUCUUUCCUUCCUCAUCCAGCAUCACUGUCUUUCAUUCAUCAUUCCAUUCUUUACUGUUCUGUGAACAUUUCUAUUACAACUAUACGCUCUUUUUAAGCGCAUUAUUACGAAUCAUCUCCCAUCUUUAGGCCGGGCCUCUUUUGGAAGUUAUUGAUAUUAUAUAAACAAUCGUUUCAUCGCAAAAUCACUCAAGAUGAAGUACGAAACAAGCACAGUUUUGCUGGCUCUUUUGAGCGUGGCUGCUGCUCGCCCUGAUGCCGUUAGAUCAGGCUCUGCCAUCGUUGUUCGUCGGCCACCGCACGCAGGAAGAGUUACCAAGUUCCGUCGAGAGGUUCCUCAGGAGCACUCUCACGAACCUAUCCUUCAAGCAGUAAAUACUGCUCUGAAGUUGGACAACCCCGAGAACAUCCAAGAUGCUGUGUUCUCGCUGCUUGGUAACGCCGCUGCCAUCAAAGGUGCCGGAACCGUGACCAACACGGAUUGUCUCCAACAGCACGUUGCAGACCAGGCCUUUACCAACGCUAAGGCGGCCGGUGAUGUCGACGCGCAGGCCAAUGCUCUGCUGUUCCGUGCCCUCGAGCGCAACACCGGCUCUGUUGGACUGGCAUCUGUCAUCUGCAACGAAACAGCCACCAACCCUGAGGUUGCUGCCAUCACACAGCACCAGGAUCCCGCCUCUGACAACGCCGCUGCCGUUAACAAGCAGAUCGUCCUCGACCUGGCAGUUCAGCUGGCUGCUAUCGGUGCUGAUCCCCAGCUUGCUCUCCAAUCUGGUACCUUCGCGCCUGGCACUAUCGGUGACCCGACUGGUAAGGGUAACGCUUGCGACGACAUUGUUGACGUCGGCUGCAUUGUGGAACAAAACCUUCUUGUAGAGGACGCCACUGCUGCUGAGAUAGAUGCUGCGGUUACCGCAGGUGGCGCUACCGUCGACAACGGCGCCGCCGCAGGUAAUGGAACCGCCGGGAAUUCAAGCGAUGCCGACAACUCCGCCGAUGAUAGCUGCGAUGACUCUGCUGACGACUCUGCCGGUGAUGCCGCCACUGCCACCGCUUCUGCAACCAGCGCCGCUGCUACUUCAACCGCGACGGGCACCGCCACUGCUGCUGGUGUCGACGUCAACGCCUUUACUGGCUCUGUCGGCUCUCCUCCCAUUCCCGUCAUCUCUUCCGCUGCCGAGCGUCCCUUCAGCGUCAAUGGUGAUACUUUCCUGAACAUUGGUGCCGCCGUACAGCGUGCCUGCGAUGUCCAGAAGAACAAGUGCGCGAACGCCGCCAACUCCGGUGAGGGUGGUUCCGUUAGCGACUGUGACGCCCAGCAACAGGAGUGCACCGCAGCAAACUCCAAGAAGCGCCGUGCUCGGGCUUUCCCCCGAUUCUGAGUUAUGAACAAGCCGACUUCUAGGACGAACGCGUGACUGGGGAUAGAAACAAUGUACGACAUAUGUACUUGACGGCUAUAAGAUAGGAUUUACACCGGCUUCAGUUCUUGGAUCGCAAUUUCAAAAUCCUUCAGCCAUAUUACGAAUCAAUGAAUUUUAUAUGAACCUAUUCUUUAGCAGCGAUAUGUGUGGAUAGUUCUUGUUAUUUCGUGACCCAACUUAUAAGUUGAAGUUCACCUACAGGGAUGUGAAUUGUUAG